UGGUUCUUAGAGGGCAGGACAGCCCCCGUCCUGCCCAGCGGCUCAGUCUGAUCUCGGCUCUGCGCGGCGCCCGCUCUUGGUCAGGCUCCGGGACGUCUAGCCUCAUUCCCUAACAGCCCCAGGCGCCCGGCCAACUGACCAAGGCGGGGAAGGGCGGAAAGAAGGGCAGGAUCCGGGAUAAAACAGGGUGGCUGACAACCUGACUCUUGAGGUAGGACCGGCCUGGCUGACCCCGAGCUCUGCUGGCAUCUGCAGAAACCGAGGGAACCGAGCGGAGCAGAGCUCGGCGGGGCCGCGUGCGGACCCUCCUCUCCAUGCGCCUGCGCGCCGAGCCCUGCAUUCUGAGCCUCGCGCCCUUGGAUAGCAGUUGCUCACUCGGAUGCAGCGGGUCGGUAGCAGUGUCCCCAACAAGAGCCGGGCGGCGUCCCGAAGUCCCAGCGUGGCCCUCACUGAACAGGGUCAGGGGGGCGUGCUGCCGGUGCGGCUGCUCAGGGACAGUCCGGCAGCCGUGCAGGGCAAUGACCGUGCUGAAGAUGGUUUCCAAAUGAAGAUGGAUGCCCACGGCUUCACCCCAGAGGAGCUGGUGGUGCGAGUAGACGAUCAAAGCCUGAUGGUGACCGGCCAGCGGGAACUGGAGGGCCAUGACCCGGAAGGGGGUGGUUACCGCAUUUCGCAGGAGGUGUAUCGGCAAAUGCUACUACCACCCGACCUGGAUACCACCGCCAUGACCUGCUGCCUGACCCCCUCCGGCCAGCUGUGCGUCCGAGGCCAGUACCGAGUGCUGUCUCCCCCUGAAGCCCAAACAGGAUCGUCACCGAGGCUCAGGAGCCGCAGCUCGAAGAAGGGUUCCAACCAAGCCUGA